UAUAAGAUCGAUUUUGAAGCACAUACGCUGCAACGAUAAUGAUGAAGGGUUUGGUUGACUAAUUGAUGAAAUGACGAUUGCCGGCAACUACCCGUAUUAUGAUAAAGUUGCCGAUGAUGACCCAUUCACGUCGGUAGUGGCUGCCCAAGGUAGCAAUAUAGUCAUAGGCACGCUCUAUGGUGAAAUAUAUCUUAUUGCCCAUGGGAAAAAACAACUAAUCGCCACUCACAGUGGACAGAUAGUGGAGCUCCAGCUUAGAAAAUGCACAGAAGAGUACUUGGAUAGUUACACGUACAUGAUUUGCGCUACAUCAUUGGGGUAUAUCUAUAUCCAUCUGCUUUGUUUAGCGGACAUAUCAAGAUCAAGGGUUAUAUAUAAGCUGCGAACAGGCCAAAGAAUACGAGGAUUAAUAGUGAAUCCUAAAUUUAAAUUGCACAAUCAUAGUACAAGUGAUGCAAUAAAAAACCAGCACGUGGUUAAAUUACCUAGAAGAACAUACGACCUCAGGUCAAGUUUCAGCGGUCAGGAUAGUCCAUUAGACACAAGUGAAUACACAUCUACAAUCGUGUUUACAACAGCAAGUGGGCAUAUAUACCGAGUGGAAAUUGAUCUGUUGGACAAAUCGGAUACUCCAUGUACGCUUAUCCACAAUGGACGACCUUCAAGCAAACGCAUACCAAUUGCAUGGCAUGGAGAUAUGCUGGCAUGGGCAGACGCUGAAGGUACACAAAUAUACUUGAUGCCCAAACACGCAAUGGUAGCAUUUCUUCCACAUAGCCCGCCCCUGGACCAAAAUUUGGAGUCUCCGCAAGUAGCUAGGGAGUAUACACCACUUCACGAACUUAUCGAUGAAAAUGAUUUUUAUGCUACUUCCGAUGAAUCUGACCUGGAUAUGGAUGAACUAGAGCCGUGCUCUGGUAUUGAAUAUUGCACUAACAAGGAUAGAAUUAAAUCACAUAGAGUCCAACCACAGAUGGAUUUAUAUUGUGCAGAAACAAAUGCAAUGGUAGAUCCAAAGGCAAACAGUAGUUCCAUAGAAGUUAUAAAUGUACUUGAUGAUCCCGCAAACGCUCGAAACAACCGCUACAUGAAUGGAACUAUAGCAAAAAACAUAGCAGCACCCAUCAAUUUGGAAAAUAAUGCUGUGCCAAUGUUAUUCAUAGAAUCGCCAGAUACAAUGACUGAUGUAUCUGGAGAUAUAGCGAUGUUAACUGAUACCAAUGGUUACAGAACACCAAUGGAACGCCAUACCUUUUAUGACUAUGUUGCUGACGGAGAAAGCGUAUAUUGCUCCAUCAGGUCCAAUAAAUAUAUAAAUCACAUGUCUGAUGUUAUCCCAGAUUUGCAAUCUGAUGAAUUGGUGCGAACUAUGGAUUCUGUUGCACUAAGAAAAAGCACUUCAUUCCUUCAGAAGGCAACUACAUUCGAUAAAAACAGAUUAAGUGGCGCUAUUAAAACCCACUGUGUGGGAUUUAGCAAGCCAGUACACAGAGAACUUCAGUUACCGGAGCUGGGAGUUGUGCUUUGCUGGAUAUCUAAAUUAAAGUUACUAGUAGGUAUAAAGAAUCUAUGUAGGAUAGUGGAUGUACUGCCAGCAUGCGUAGAAGGAAUGGAAGAUGUACACAGGAACAGACGAAUGAAACUGUUGGAUAUAGAAAACAUGAAGAAAAGGUACACUAACAAAGUUCUACCGCAUUAUGUUACCAUCGUGCAACCUAAAACAACGGUUGAUGCACCACUACGAGGAAGGGUAUCAUACACUUUAACAGCCCCUAUUGGAUGUCACGUAUCAUCAGUGGUUCGCCAAAGCGCUAAGGGUACAUUCUCAGUAUUCUACACAACGCCACCGGAUCCCGUUGAAAAGACAGUGAAGCACACCAAGGUGGGACAUGAACGAUCAACCUUUUCAUUGGAAAAAUCCAGAGAUGAAACAGAUAACAGAGCUCUGAUAAGCGGUGUCGAUCAAGUUGGAACAACUUCAAAAUAUACGUUCUAUAGCUUCGACCCGUGCUACAACAAGGUGUAUAUCAACCACUCGUUUGUAUACGGUCUCGGGAAACACCGUAAUGUAUCGCAACAGGUAAUUAUCCAGAUUACAUGUAAACUGGAUAGAAGUAAUCUGGAAUUCCUGAGGUCUAUACGGAUAGUGUGCAACCAUUUCCGAUGUAAUGAUAUAGGACACUUUGGUCAUUGCUUAUCAGCCAUGGACAAGCCAAAAGUCAGAUUAUGUGACGCGCCAUUUGAUCACCUGAUUGCCGCAAAGAACUCCAUGUUCUUUCACUGUUACGCUGAUAUCGAGUCUUUCCAGGGACUCUGUAUGGUGGCCAAUGGUAGUAUACUAACCGUGAAGGAAGCACAUUUGGAACAACAUGUGAUGCAGUCGUGUGAGCACGGAAACUACGAACAGGUAAUUUGCGAGCUGAUUGCGCAAUUGGGACUAGAUAAUGAAAACAAAUGGGAUUAUGGGUUGCACAAUGUAGUUCUACAGUCAGUAGAGGCUAUGCUCUCUUCUACGUACGUUAACAUAGAUAAGCUCAAGGCGGUAGCUGUUCGAUACAUACACUACUCCAGCAACCAUAGAGACCUGUCUGCACUUCAACAACAAAUGCAGGACUUAGUGGCACUGUUCGCUAAACACAAGAGGCUUAAUGUGCUACUGGGAUACAUAGUACAAGGAUGUAUGAAAGAGUUUAUGAAGGCCCAUACCAUUCUUAGAUCAGUGAUCAUAAACUGUGUUCUCGCUUCUGUAGAACCACAUAUGCCAUUCGUGUUGCUACGGCUGGUGGUAACAGAAAACCUUGAUGCGUCCCAAACACAACGGGUGUUCGAAAUGCUGAAGUUAUGCCUCAAGGGAUACUAUCCAUCUGGUACACUACCUCAAAUGAUUACUGUCCCUUUAAGCACACAGGAACGUGAAGUAACAGUAUCCCUAGAUACAUUCUCUGGGUAUUGCAAAGUUAUAAUUGAUAGAAAGAUUAAACCACGCAGUUACAUGGAAUUGGAUUGCUAUCCCAAGAGGAGCAAUAUGCAAGAUAAUAUUACAUUCCCGCAGUGUACCCAAAGUAGGAGCUCAGUAUCUAGGGAUGUGGGCACGAGUAAGUACCUAGAUUGUAGUACAUACAGAUAUUCCCAAAUAUAUAUAAACGAAUCAAAAGGCGAUAUUCUACACAUGCUAGAACAAGAAUUGGAAUCGGUAUCGAUACCAACAACGUUACCGCCCACACAAUAUGAAUGGUCACAUGAUGUAACCAGUGACUAUGCUCUGUUCACCCAGUUAAUGCAGUUGGAUGAUGGAUCCAUAUACCAACCCUGGAUAAUAUUUAGUCCAGGUGCCAGAGCCUGUAUGAUGGCCGUGGCAGCCAUAUUGCUAAGGAUCGGCCAAAUGAAGAAGGGGUUCGUAUUCAUGCUACACGCACAAUCAAAAAGCGCACUGAAACUCGCAGAAGUGCUCACUGAUACGGAUCACACUUUCCACCAAGAAGUAAUUAAUGCAGUAAUAGAACUAUACACAAUCGAUCCGGAAAUGACGGAAGAUUUACUUAUUCAAAAGUAUAAUACACCAAAUGAUGUUAAAGAGUUGGUGGCCAAACUCACAACUAAACCAAAGCUAUUGCAUAGCUAUCUUAAAGGUAUACACUCUGAAGCGAAACUGCCAGAUGAAUACCUUGAAUUGUAUAUCAAACUAGUUGCAGUGUUCGACAAAAUGGCACUAUUCCCCCUGAUAAAGGAGUAUUCCACAAACGCAAAACGACGAUAUGAUCUAAUCCCACUAAUGGCGAAAUUAAGGUUAUGCAAUAUGGAUUAUUACAACACAUCUACAUUGUCACAGGAGUACAAAACAGAAGCUUUCAUUGCAUGGAUAUGCGGUCUACCGUGGGAAGUAUUUUACAACACUGUGAUCCUGGCGUCACGGCUACAACUCAUCGGUGUACCACGGAAUGUCUUAGAAAUACACAAGACGUUGCUGAAUUUAAUUUAUCAGGUAAUUCCACUGGAAGAAGCUAGGGAGGUGUUUUACAAACUGACUAAAUACUGCUCCAACGCAUGGCAAACUAAAUCAGGAAAUAUACUUGGAGCUGUUAAACUAACGUUGUAUAAUCUUCAACAUGAUCACAAAAUGCUAAAUGAACAACAUGGAAUGUACAGAUACUCAUAUGUACAUUUAGCAAAGCAGCGUCUAAAUGUAAUAACCAAAGGUGUUCUGUUCUAUCCAAACAUUGGAAUAGAGAAUAGCCCUUUAAAGGCCACGGUAACUGAUAGGUAUGGAACUUCCCCAAAGGAUAGUGACGACGUCAGAACGUCGUUUUGCGCUAUAUGUCACUCAAUCACGUUACCAACAACAAUGGAUAUGCGUAAUGUUAUACCAAUUGCAGAAACACUGAAAGGUGUACUCCAACUCACGACGAUUGUACCACAGCCGAAAUUACAUCAUACGACAUACUUCCUAUGUGGACAUAUGGUACACGAAUACUGCCAAAUCAGGGCUGUCAACAUUGCAUUAAACGCAGUGGGCCCCUUGAAGAAUGGAACUAGUAACGCCAAAACAAUGCAAUAUGAUCUAUAUAGUGCGAAUACUAAAACACAAAAUACGAAGCACGCCCUCCGUUCUAUCGCGGCACAAUGCCUUAUAUGUAUGCAAUCGUAAACGUUAGCUAUGUACAUACUAUUAAUUUAUACAAUAGAUAAUGCGUAUACUAUGAAUUAUAUAAUCUGGAUUUAAGUAGU